AUGGGAGAGCAUCGGGUGAACGUGGCGUUUACGUUGGCACCAGUGCAGCCGCCCUGCUUCUCCAGUUAUCUGAAUGUGACUCGAGCUUGGAGCGCCGAUGCCGCAAGCCGUGCGACGCGUUUCCGGUAUCAGGGUACGUCACCGUACCCGAGACAGCGAACACUGUUUCUGAACUUUUUUCAUCGACAGGACAUGGUUCCGUGCGGGUUUGCAGCGCUGCACCCAUAUCACCGGACCUGCAGGUGGCGCCGAUCUUUCAUAAAAAGCGCUCGCUCCUGCUGCGCACGAGCGGAAGCUAUCGCGCGCGAACAUCCACCAGCAUCACAUGAACCGCUAGUGCGCUGCAACGGGAAGGCUUCGUGCUUCGGGGCCCGCCGAACACGACCUGGUGUAGCGGGAGCCGCUGGGGCUCCGCGCUUCCCCGGAGCGCUCAGGGCGCACCCCGUGACCGCGAGUCUCGGCAUCGCGCUGGUGCUUUUACUCGCGGCGUUGCACAGUCCGUCUGUCGCAAGCGCGGCCCCAGUUUUCCACGCCAGCAACCUACAAAGCCUGGGCACUAAGAUGCUUCAUUCCUUCGCAUCGGGUUACGCAUCGUCGCUAGCACUGGUUUUCUUCUCCGAGCUCGGGGACAAGACUUUCUUCAUCACCGCUUUGCUGGCCAUGAAGUACCAUCGAACGUCGAUUUUCAUUGGCGCCAUUGCGGCGUUAUCCCUGAUGACCAUGAUCUCCGUGGUGCUAGGUCAACUCUUUCACGCGCUUCCACCGCUUGUGACGUCAUAUAUCCCAUUCGAUGACUGGGCAGCGUGUGCCCUGCUAAUCUUCUUUGGCGUAUCAAGCAUUCGACAAGGUUUGAAAGCGCGAGCAACACGAGCUGGUCCAGGAUCGAAAGCAGAAACACCAACAUCGCUCGACAGCAGCAGUGCCGGCGCAUCCGAGCGAUCAGGGACGCUUUCGGAUUCGAGGUCUACAUCUGCGCAAGCUGAAGAGCUUACGGAAGAGGCAGAAGCAGCGAAAUUCAUUCGGGAACGAGAGGAGCGUUUGCUGAGCACCAGAAGCCGCCCGGCCUCUGCAACAAAUACGCAGAUGAGCGACAAGACGCGCGAGCAUCCCCGUCUGAGCCAGGCAGGUGCCGCGCUAGCCGCCAUAGCGAUGCCGCUAGCAUCACAUGCGCAGCUCGCUGCUGUCGUCGAAGCGUUCACGCUCGUCUUUCUCGCGGAAUGGGGUGAUCGCAGCAUGCUCGCCACGAUCGCGCUCUCUGCAGCAAAGAAUCCUUUUGGAGUAACGGCCGGGGCGAUCAGCGGACAUCUGGUCGCUUCACUCCUGGCCAUUCUUGGCGGAAGUGUUCUCGGGCGAUACUUUAGCGAGCGCUUCGUUUCCCUAGUCAGCGGCGGGCUGUUCAUCGUCUUUGCCGUCAUGACUUUGCUUGGAGUUUUCUAA